AUGUCUGAUCCGUUCUUGUACAGCUUUCCUUCGCCCCUAGCAGGGUACGAAGACCACGCCCCUCUUCCGGACGAGUUAAACGAGGAUGGGAAGUCUUUCAAAAAUCCACAGACUGGUGUUCUGAGCCCGAGCUAUGACAAGUUUACCUCUGGCAUUAUGAAUGGUCGUCGGGGCGGCUUCGAUAUUCACAUAUAUUACCAUCACAAUAGUGAGGAGCAAAAGGACUAUGCCAAAGCGCUAUGGCAGAGGAUCCGCCUCGAGUUUCCGGAGCUGAGGAUCUAUCGACUGUGGGAUAAACCUGUCGGGCCCCAUACAAUGGCCAUGUUCGAAGUCAACGUCUUCACACCUGCGCAAUUUGGAGCAUUCAUACCGUGGCUAGUCAUUAAUCGUGGACCGCUAUCUGCGCUAGUCCACCCUAACCAUGAGGAUGAGGAUGCAUUGAGAGACCAUAGUCAGAGAGCCACCUGGCUUGGUGAACGGGUGCCAGUUGAUCUGGGAUUGCUGAAGAAAGUUAUGAGUAAAAGAAGCGAGAAACAGAAUGGGUCAGCGAAUUGA